GGCGCCACGCUCGCCUGCAGCCGCCGCCGCCGCGGAGCGGGCGCGAUGCCACGAUGGGCCUGAUUUGGCUUCUGCUGCUCAGCCUGCUGGAGCCCGGCUGGCCCGCGGGCCCCGGGGCGAGGCUGCGGCGCGAUGCGGGCGGCCGCGGCGGCGUCUAUGAGCACCUCGGCGGGGCGCCCCGGCGCCGCAAGCUCUACUGCGCCACCAAGUACCACCUCCAGCUGCACCCGAGCGGCCGCGUCAACGGCAGCCUAGAAAACAGCGCCUACAGUAUCCUGGAGAUCACGGCCGUGGAGGUGGGCGUCGUGGCCAUCAAGGGGCUGUUCUCCGGACGGUACCUGGGCAUGAACAAGAGGGGACGGCUCUAUGCUUCGGAGAACUACAACGCCGAGUGCGAGUUUGUGGAGCGGAUCCACGAGCUGGGUUAUAACACAUACGCCUCCCGGCUGUACCCGACGGUGCCCAGCGGGCCAGGCGCCCGGCGCCAGCCCAGCGCCGAGAGACUGUGGUACGUGUCCGUCAACGGUAAGGGCCGGCCCCGCAGGGGCUUCAAGACGCGCCGCACACAGAAGUCCUCGCUCUUCCUGCCGCGUGUGCUGGACCACAAGGACCAUGAGAUGGUGCGGCUGCUCCAGAGUGGGGCUGGGCUCCGCGGUGGCCUGCCCAGGCCCCCGGGCAAGGGUGCCCAGCCACGGCGGCGGGCACAGCGGCAGAGGAGACGGGGAGGCCAUGCUUAGCCCCCAGCCCAGGGGCGCAGAGGCCUCAUGCUUUCUGGACCCAUGGCUGGCCCGGCAGUGUGACUCUUGGGGACAGAGUCCCCGGCAGAGUCCACUCUCAUAGCUGACCGUCACAGCACGGCAGGUUUCCAAAACUGACUCUCCCCUCGUCCCUGCCCCCUUUCCUGCUUCUGGGCUGGCUGCUUUUUCGAGGGCCAACAGAACACAUCCCCAGCUCUUCCUGAUUCUCUCAAACAAGGGUCAAUCAAACUGAAACUGGGGGCCACGCCAGGACUGCGAGGAAGUGCCGCUUUAAAGGAAGACGCUUGUGGGUUUGCGCUGCCCAGGGGCACCCGGUGGCCUACAGGGGAGACCAGCUGAAGUUUGGGAUCCUAGCCAACUGGGGAGCCUCCCUGCAGCACAGCUGGGGGACAUCUUGGGGGUUUGCGUAAUUGAAACAUUAAAGUAUUUUAUUCUACGUUGUUAUUUAAUAGAUUAUAAUGCAGCCUGAAGAAAAAGAAACACUUGCAGUUUUUACUUGAACCGUAUUUGCUUGUGAUGAAAGCAGAGUCUG